CUCACCCUUCUCUCCUCAGCCGUCCUUACUCCCUCUCGUCUCAUGUUUUAUGUUACAAGCGGACCGGAAUCGUCAACACAAGAUUUUUAGAUCUGCGGCGUCAAACUUUUCAUAUCAGGAUUAUUGGACUUUAGAAUUUAGUCAUUGAGAAUUUCCUCUGAGGUUUUUCCCUCCUCUGACCUUUUUUUUAGGUGUUGGUUAAAAUGGCGCUUGGAGUGCUUAACCAGCAGGUGAAUAGUUCACUGAGUGAGAGUCAGUUUGGUGAUAACAGUUCAACAGAGGAAAAGGAACCACCACUUCGAAGUUACCUCAUUUUAACUAUGCUCGCUUGUUUUUGUCCUGCAUAUCCUGUCAACGUUGUGGCUCUGGUCUUCUCUAUUAUGUCUAGGAACAGCUAUUAUAAUGGUGACUAUGAUGGCUCGAGGCGGCUGGGCAAGAAUGCUCUCUAUGUGGCGAUUGCUUCCAUUAUCAUCGGCCUACUCGUCAUCACUAUCAUCUGUACUGUGCAUUUCACCAGUAUGAAUCAUUUGGUCUGAGGGAAUAAAGGAGAGGAACUUUUGGAACACUUGAGCAGGACAAACAAAACUGCUGAUUGUAGGAUGGCAUCCACAACGAUUCAAAAGAGCUGGAGGUGCUACAUUCACGUUUACAUGUGACCUGUCACAUCUCAUCCUGUUUACCCCCCCCCCCCCUCCCUCCCUUCCUUGUAGACAAAACAAGAGUUUUAUGUUUAUUUAAUUUAUUCGGCUAUCUGAUGAUUAGCAUUGAGUAUAUUUGGAAGCUGGCGGGAAUGUGAAAGAGUCCACAAAUCUCCUUUUGUUGUUCAUUGUGGCCGAAUAUUGUGAAGACUGAAGACAUUGCCUAUAGUAUCUUAUUCAAAAUAUCAGGGUCGAUAUUUUAUUGACUGAAUAGUAUAUUAUAUUUUGAUAAUGUAUAUACACUAUCUAGUGAGAAUGUGUGCCUGUGGAUAAAACACGAGUACAAUAUAUCAUUUUUGUUUAUAAUGAGAAAAAUAAACUGUGAUGAUAUGAAUAUGUAUUGUAAAUUGUAUUGUGAUAGUGUAUUUUACGCCCUGCUGUCAAUCAAGACAAAGAUUUAGGAACAUUUUUACAUUAUUAACAAUUGCUUAUGAAAGAAAAUGGAUCCCAGUCUCGCUAUUUGAUUAGCGUCACACAUUCUGGCAGACUAAAAUGGCUCCAGUGCCAAACUUGCAAACUUAGCUGAGAUAUGUUCCAGUAGCCUGAUAUGUCAUAUUAUAUCCUCGACUAAAUAUAACACAUUUCCUGUUUGCUUUUUUCUGGUAGCCUGGACUGUCAGAUGGUAAAGCUGAUUCUUAACAAGAAGAAAAAGUGACAUUCAGGGUGUUAAUUGUUUCUUCGAGACUGAGAGGGAAAUUAUUCUUAAAUACCAAGAACCAAUUUU